GUGUGUGCGUGUGUGUGAUGAGCGAUCGCCGCGUCCCUCCGCCCGCCGCCGGCUGACACCCACCGCGCGGGGCGCGCCAGGAGCAGCAGGAGGAGGCAGGAGCCGCGGCCACCGCGCAGUGACCUUGGCCCAGGAGUGCAACAUCCAAAAGCAGAUCAAAUUUGUGGGACAUGGCACAAGGAAAUAAUUAUGGGCAAAGCAGCAAUGGGGUGGCUGAUGAAUCCCCAAACAUGCUGGUGUACAGAAAGAUGGAAGAUGUCAUAGCCCGUAUGCAAGAUGAGAAAAAUGGGAUUCCUAUUCGCACAGUGAAAAGUUUUCUUUCCAAGAUCCCCAGUGUCUUUUCUGGUUCAGACAUUGUUCAAUGGUUAACGAAGAACUUAUCUAUAGAAGACCCAGUGGAAGCUCUACAUUUAGGAACACUGAUGGCAGCACAUGGCUAUUUCUUUCCAAUCUCAGACCAUGUUCUAACACUGAAGGAUGAUGGCACCUUUUAUCGAUUCCAGACACCCUAUUUUUGGCCAUCAAAUUGUUGGGAGCCAGAAAACACAGACUAUGCUGUUUACCUCUGCAAGCGGACAAUGCAAAACAAAGCAAGGCUAGAGCUAGCAGACUAUGAAGCUGAGAGUUUGGCCAGGCUACAGCGAGCAUUUGCUCGGAAAUGGGAGUUUAUUUUUAUGCAAGCUGAAGCACAAGCAAAGGUUGACAAAAAGAGAGACAAGAUAGAGAGGAAGAUUCUUGACAGCCAGGAGCGAGCAUUCUGGGAUGUGCACCGUCCGGUGCCUGGAUGUGUAAACACUACUGAAGUGGAUAUAAAAAAAUCUUCAAGAAUGAGAAAUCCACAUAAAACAAGAAAGUCUGUCUAUGGCUUACAAAAUGACAUUCGAAGUCACAGCCCUACCCACACGCCAGUACCAGAGACUAAGCCACCCACAGAAGAUGAACUACACCAAGAGAUUAAGCACUGGCAAAUGCAAUUAGACAGACAUAGAUUAAAAAUGUCAAAAGUUGCAGAGAGUCUAUUAGCUUAUACAGAGCAGUAUUUGGAAUAUGAUCCUUUUCUUGUGCCCCCUGAUCCAUCAAACCCUUGGAUAUCAGAUGACACCACUUUCUGGGAACUGGAGGCAAGCAAAGAGCCAGGACAGCAGAGGGUGAAACGAUGGGGGUUUGGCAUGGAUGAAGCUUUGAAAGACCCUGUGGGAAGAGAGCAGUUUCUGAAAUUCUUGGAGUCAGAAUUCAGUUCAGAAAAUUUAAGGUUCUGGUUAGCAGUAGAAGACCUGAAGAAGAGGCCUAUCCGUGAAGUCCCUGCUCGUGUCCAAGAAAUCUGGCAAGAAUUUCUUGCUCCGGGUGCACCCAGCGCUAUCAAUCUAGAUUCAAAAAGUUAUGACAAAACCACUCAGAAUGUGAAGGACCCUGGAAGAUACACAUUUGAGGAUGCUCAGGAGCACAUUUACAAACUGAUGAAAAGUGAUUCUUAUCCUCGUUUUAUACGAUCCAGUGCCUACCAGGAGCUGCUACAGGCCAAGAAAAAGUUGGAAAACACUCUGGAUCGUCGAACAUCUUUUGAGAAAUUCACACGCAAUGUGGGCAGAAACAUCCCAAUUUUCCCAUGCCAUAAAAACUGUACACCAACACUGAGGGCGAGCACUAACCUGUUAUGAAAAGAGGUAAAGGCUUCCUGUAAUAUGCUUUGAAUCCACUGUAAUCAGGAAGAAAUUUGGAUUCAAUGGGACAAAGUCAGUAAAGGACACUAAAAGUAAAUAAACAGACACAAAGGAAACUAUCCCAGUGUUUGAAACAAAAACCCCUAUGUUUUGCAUGGUGGUGUUGCCAUAGCAUGUUGCAGUGUGAUUUGUGUGUUGUCUCAGCAGGUUGGAUCUAUAAAACAAGAUUGUACAUGAUAACAUUAUCCAUGAUAAUUCCACUAUAAUUCUGUAGGAAGUUCCAUAUUAAUAAAAAGUCUAUAAAAGAGAGUGCAGAGAGUGGGUAAUACAUCCGGGAUCUCUGAGAGCCAGACUUUUUCCCAGUCAUGGUGCCUGGCAAGCUGCAAUGCUACAUUUAUUCACGGCAUUUUGAACAGCCCACAGGUCAGGAAUUGGCUAUGGUAAAGAUUAUGUGAACAGGUGGCUAUGAGGAGAGAAAUGGCAAGCUGCAGAUAGAUGGGAGGAGAAUACAGCACAAAGAGGGAAAAAGUGAAGACAGACUGGAGACGCUGAAAUCACUCCCAGAGCACUGUUGUGCAGUUCUGGGCACGAACAUGGGAGCAUUGUGCCCUGCAUCCAUGCCCAAUUUUCGUUGUGCUAAUCUCAGGGCAGAAGUACCAGAAUAGCAGGAUGCCAGAAACGCAAAGCAGGCCCAAUAAACCAGCUGUGGACUACAAAUGAGAAUGAGGAUUUCUGGACAUGAAGCAUUAGUACUUCAGUAGAAGAGGGAGAUUUAUUUUUUUUCACAGAGCAAUCUGUAAAAUAAAAUCUGUAGUUUCGCUGCCUUUUAGUCUGUCAAGUCAGGUCAGGUAUGAAAGAAAAACAUGUCUCUGUUAGAUCUAUUCAGAUGACUGAAUUCAUGUUACCCACUUUCUCAGGACCCCUUGCCACAAGGCAUCCUUGUUCUUCCACUCUUGUUCUUGGCUGUGAUGAGUUUAUAAUAUGUAAUUAUCUACGUUGGUACACUGGUUUCAACUAGCAGGGAUGAGGGAAACAUUUCUCAGAAUAUCCUGCAGUGUACUGAUUAACUUGCUCAACUGUGAAGCGAGGGACUGAAGAAUAGAUCUGUUCUACAGAACAUAGUGUGAAAUAGGUCUUCUACAACCUAGAUAAAUGCUGUCAUCUCUGAAUGAUUUAGUGAGAUGAAAUUUACAGUUUCUCUUCUCCUCUGAUGGUUUACAAUAUUUAGAAUAAUUUUCACUGGAUUUUUUGUCACUUAUAUCAAAGUGGAUUUGGAUUGAACUAAAUUAGACCUCAGUUUUUUCCAUUUGAAAUGUUUAAAAAACCCCAGUAACCUUGGUUGUGUCUAGGGACUUAAUCUGAGAAGAUGGCCUGGUAAUUCAUAACCUGAUUUGUUAAGAUGGUAACUCUAAGAGGCUCCUGAUCACUGUUAAUUGAAAUUGGGUUAUACUUGCUACAGAAAGAAUUUGUUAAACUAGAAAGUUUAGAAACUUUGUAAGGGCAAUUACACUGCACUAUUUCAUUAAUUAUGUGGAAAUAACCUAUUAUUGUUAUAAUAGGUCAUUCUAGUCUGAUGGGGAAAAAAAUAGAAGUGGAUCAUAUAAACAAAAACACUAGGAUCAGCUCUGUAUUUCUUUGACAUUAAAGAGUUUUUUUUCCAGAAAACUUUCAAUAAGUUGGGGCACUUCAUGAAAGCCCUAAAUGCUCAGCUUAAAAACACUGACUAUUUAUCUUGCUCUGUGGAUUUUAUCGUGCAAAAUUGCUAGUGCCUUCAGCACAGUGCAACAAACAGUAUGAAGUGUUAGAAACAGGACAGCAUUCACAUAAAUAUACAGAAGUAACAGCAAACUGGCAUUUGCAAUAUGUAAUUUUUACUACCAAACACUUUAUAUUUUCCAUCUGAGUAGUAACCCCAGCUAUUCUUGGUUUGCCUCAUUUACUCACGCUCCUGGGUAUUGUGUGAAAAUAUAGAACACAUACACUUCAGCACUACUGGAAUGAAGCUGUUAGAUAAGUGCAUUGCCUUGGAGUAACACUGGCAACCACAGGUGUCACAGCUCUGAGUCUGAGGCACAGAGAGCAGUGACAGUGUGCACUGUGCUUUCCCCCCCAUCUAGAUCAGCCCCUCAGCUUCCUCUUUGAGAAUAAUAAAGGUCCAGUCACCUGCAGCUCCCCAAGAGAAGCUAAAGGUCUAUGUCAGGGAGCAGGAGGAUCUCAUUACAUGCUACAUCUGUACAGAGACAGAAAUCAACUGUUUCUAUGGCGUUUAAAAACUGAAAUUCUUUCAAGGAAUUUACAUGGAGAAAAAAAUAUAUAUAUAAAAAAGAAAUUAAAAAGCCCAGCAAACUUGCUCUACCUCAAGUACUAAUAUCUGCAUUACAGGGUAAUAUACACUGGUAAUGUUGAUGGGAACAAAGAGGUCUUUUAAGGAACAAUUAAGGAACAAUUUUCUGAACAAUUUCGUGAACAAUUUCUCAUGUGUGCAAGAUUUGUGACAGAGGCAGACUGAGCAGGACACCUUUGUGAGCCCUAGCCUGGUGCUUAGCUGUGAUUAUCUGUCUGGAACCCUUGAAACAAAGGGAUCUGAUUUACAGGAGAGUGGGCUAAUUUAAUUUCCACUCCAUCCAAAUUUUAUUGUCCCACCAGGAACAAAGUUAAUGGGGCGAGAAGGUGUAGCCUCUCUCCUUAGAGCUGCCUGGAGGGAGAUAUAAAACAGACCAAACUUAGUUCAUAUAUUAAACUAGAGACCCAUUGAAUUAUAGAUAUCUCCACUCAUAACCUCAUAAACAAGGCCCCAUUUAAUAAUUCUGACUUUAAACACAUUAUAUCUUACAUUACACAUACCCUUUCCAGCUGUCUUCUUCCACUUACCUGGAAGAACUUGCUGACCAGAGUCCUUUCAUUUUUUCCUCCUCCAAAAAGUAACAACAGACUAUUUAAUGCAUGUGAUGUGAAAUGCCAAGUCCAUUGAACAAAGCACAUUGACAUUUUCACAGAGGCUCAGUCCAAUGUCACUUAACAUGACACAGUGAAUUAUGGCCUAGAAAUGGAAGUUAAAACUCAUAAAAACUCAUUAAAACUUCCCCUGUUAUUAUCAGUGGAUCAUAGACUUUCUAGAUGCUUAAAUGGGUGUAAUCUCUUGUUGUGUUAAAAUCUGUCUGUUUAUUGAGAAACAAGGCAGAUAAUAUAUGACUUUCAUCUGUUAAUCAAGAAAUUUUUCUAUGAACAGAUAAAACUUAUGUACACAAGGCCCUACUGUUCCAGACCAAAAGUCCAUCUAGUCUUGAAAUUCUGCCAAGGGCUAGAUUUUUCUCAAGUAUAGCAUUGCCCAAGAACUUCAAUGCAGUAUCAGCUAAAGGAUCUCAUUUUGAAUUUACUUACAUGUAAAUUAUUCCCAAAAUUUAAACAACAAAAAAAAUUCUAGUAAGAAGAAAAAUAAAUCACCAAGCUACUUAUUUGACCAAUACAAAACAAGAAUGAAAACAAUAACUAUGUAUAGAAAUGAAGGCUUUUUCCCUUUCAGAAAAGAGAUAUCUUAUUGAUAUUUGACUAAAAAGGACAAAUAAAAUAAUUGAAAUUUUUAGUUUGAACUUCCAGCUACUCAAAACCCCUCUAGUUUUAGGGUUUUUUUAGGAAUGAUGCCUGGGGUGGAAAAUAAUGAGGGACAUGCCAGUAAGGACUGGCCUCCUUUUGCUGUUCUGCUGUGACUGGAGCUGUGGUGCUGUGCGUUGUGCUGGAAGAGAGGAGCUUGAGGAGUAGCACUUGCACAGCCAGGUUCAUCUAAGUAAGGGGCCAGCAAGGACUGGUCAGGUAUUAGGCCAGUGUCUGCCAUUUUCCAGCCGACAAACACUUACCUGAUUCUUAAGCUGUUUGCAGGAGUGAGAACUGCAGAGAGAUGUGGAAACCUGAGGGGUUGGGCCCAGGACAAACAUACUAAAAAUAUUUGUCUUAAGCAUUAGUCCCUUGGAAACCCACACUUCAAGUUCAAACUACCCCAUUUGGCAAGAGUUUGUAGGUCAAUCACAAGUGAGAACAACUCAUCAGUAAAUGUAAAGAUAAGUGUAAAAGGAGAAAGAAGUGGAGAGUGUCACUGGAUUUAGAAUGAACCAAAACAGGAAAGCUGUUGUUCAGUUUCUGCCUCCUGUCCUCAAAUCAUUGCAGGAAAGAGUAUGGCCCUAAUGAGUAGGGAAGAGAGAGCUGCAAAUCCCAGCCAGAGGAGGAAGGAUUUCCCUGCACAUGCAACCACUUAAUGCUGCAGCUGUGCUGACAACUCAUGCCCCAAAUUCAGUAAAUAUUAACCUCCUCCCUUCCUCUCAUAUGAAAGAAAAAUACACCUGCACAGGUGGCUGAGAGCAGCAGCCUGUACUCCUGUGGAAACUGAAGCAGAAUUCUGAUCCCCUGAGCAGUGCUAAGGCAAUUCCCCUGUGCUAGUGAAGCAAGGGCUGCCUAAAUUUGGAAAAGGACUUAUGCUUCUGUUCCCAUGUCUCUCCAGCUGUGCUCCUGUCAGGGGCAGUUUAUACACCAGCUCUGUGUGUAGUGCACUGCAGUGUCACUUGGAAGCUUUCCCCACUGAUGCUGGAUGAGCUGCCAGUGUGCUGCAAGUGUUUCACACAAGCAGAUGGGGAACUGUGAAAGCAACAAGGGUCAAUUCUUGCUCCACAUUUCAUUGUGCUCACAGUAGGGUUCACUUUCCCCUUCCCUUUCCCCAUCAGAUCACAUGGAGUUUUCAUUUUUAGUUCUACCAGUAUCAGUCCUGGGGAGUAGCAUCUGCACUGGCAAUAAAGAAACAUGUAAAAAGUAACCAUUGAGAUUGCUUAACAGAAAGGAAGAUAAUUAAUCUUCUAAAAUGAAAAGACUUGCUCUUCUUCUAUCUAUAUAUCUAUAUCAAAUAUAGGCACUCCAGCCUCUAUAUACAUUUCAUAUAAUUUUUUUAUAAGUCAGAUAUGUACUGAGGUUGUUGCUAAUUUGUUUGCCAGGUUGAGGAGUUAAUGUCAUACUGCAUAAAUGGGUCAGUCAGCACAAUUGUAUUUAGCCGCUCAUACACCUGCACAUGGCUUUGUAAUUUUCCCCCUAAAUUCUGUAGUGAUAAAGUUGGAGGUACAACUCUAUUUUAAACAGCUAAUACACGAGACUGAACACUGAGGCCAAUUGAUGUACUUUUAGUACUCUUUUUAAGUACUUUUUUAAGGUACCUUUUAAGUACUCUUAGAUGUACUUUUUCACUUGUUCACUCCAGCUGCUGUGCUGCCUCCUUGUACUCUGACUCCCUUGUCAGGUUAUGUGUGCAGGGUUUCAUUUCGGAUUGUGUAUUAUUAGUAAAAUUCUUAAAAAGUUGCAAUUCAUAUGUCCAGAGUGCACUAAUACAGCCAAAAAACCUAAUCCUGUUUAGAAUUUGGCCAUUUACUUCUAAAUAUUGAAGGCAAGAAUAUAUUGAAAAUGUUAAGGUUCUCCUUUUCAUUAUUCAGACAAACACCUACUGCUUCUUCUGACUUUUUUUCCCCAGUUGUUCUUUAAUCUCAUUAGCACAGGAAACAUCUUCCUAUGCGUGAUGACUCACAUGCUACACCUCUGAAAACUGGGCUGUUAGAUACAGGUUCCCAAAUCAAAAUUUGGCUUAUGGAAAUGCUGUUAACAUUGUAUCUCAAAGAAAUAUCUAGGCUCAGUUCUUAAAUUAUGAGCCACAACAGAUGAUCCUUACAUCAGACUGUAAAUUGAGUAAAUCUGGAAAUCUCCUAGAAGUGAUAAUUAUGAAACGCUAGCUUGGAGAAGUAAAAUAAAAGUAUACUUGAAAUAUUCUGUAAUGUGGAAAAUAGCAAGUCCCUGCAGCUCUAAUAAGAAGAUGUGAUAAUUCUGUAUUUGGGGCUGCUGUGGUUUCUGUUUAUUAAAAGUUUAUUUUCCUAAUCAGAGAACUUAGUAUGAUUCAGUAUAAACAUUGGAGAAGAUCUCUUAAGGAGGGUGUAUCUUCUAAGUUGUCACUUUUCCAACUAUAAGAUAAAUUAGAACUACUAAUGCCUUGAAAAAGACCACAUGUUGUUGUUGUUGUUCAGAUGGAGAGUUUGUAUCUAUAAGAAGUGUAAUAUUCUCUGAGGCAGAGAGGGGACAUGAAGAAGAGGACCACCAGGACAAUUCCUGAUUACUGUAGGAGUUAGGAGAAAAAGUAUCCAAAAACUAGCAAUAUCCCGGGAGCGAGUGGUGUGGAAAGCAGAAAAAAAUUGUUAUGACAACUCACUGUGUCUCUAGGGGAAAUUCAAACAUCUAGAAAAAGAUUAUACAAAUCAGAUCAACUAAUAACUGCUUUUUUGCCUGACUUUAGGUCAAAACUUCCUAGUUUAUUUGAUAACAUAAUUAAUUCCUGAGAUGUUAGAAUUAUGGUUCAUUUAAAAAUACCAUCAAUUUCAAAACUCCUAAAUAAUUGUUGCAAAUAAUAAUAAAAAAUUAUUUCACAGAUUUUAUACCACAACAAGGGCUUAUGCAGCUUUCCAGUGCGGCAUUGAGAAAGUUGUUUUAAUAGCUAAUAGAGAACUCCUGGUUUUCAUAUUUUAAUUAAGUGGGUUAUGAAGUUAAGUAUUAAAGGGAACCCAUACAUAUUUACAGAAGGUAGCCAGACCUGUAGACCUGUGAAAUUAAGUGCACAUAACUUAAUGAAAGGCAAAGAUAAGCAUAUGUUCAAUAUUUUCUGAGAUUAUGUCUGAGACUGCCAGUCAUGAAUUGUCUAACAAAACACUUAAUUUUGGACAUGCUCUUUUAAAUUGUAUUCCAGUGCUACACUGCUGUUGAGGUUUUUUUGACUAUUUAAAAAGAAAAGAUGUCUUACUGUAACAGCUUUCCUGUUGCAUUAGAGCAAAACAUAAUUUAAGGGUUAACAAGUGUCAAGAAGCUGUGAAUUUAAUACAGGUAGAAAGUGACAGAUACAGAGAAUACAGUGUGCCAGGAAAGACACUUUCCAUCUUUUGACAAAGCAAGUAUUAAUACUGUCAGUUGAUAUGGUGAACCUGAUGGAUGAGCAGCCUAACCCAGCACUGCAAACAUGAGUUCCCUUCCAAGUUAUAUUGUAGGGGAAGUAUCCAUCCUAAUUUGUUCAACUUGUAUUUCAGAGCACAAAGAAUAAAAUAGUUAUUCUUCCUUUUAUGAAGACCACUCUGAUAUAUUGCAUCUGAGCAAAUGCUCAAAACCAACUUACAGAUCCCUGUGAGCAUAAAUUUAAUUGAUAAUGACAAUAGAUAUUACAUUGUGUAAUUCCACUGAGUUAUAAUACUGCAGAUGGCAACAAUUUAUUGAUAUAGCGGAAGAAGUUCAUUUAGCAUUUACUGCAGAAAAUGAAGUAUCUCUCCAUAGUUGCAGUAUUUCCUAAUGUACUCUCCUUGAUAUUUCGGAGUUGGGCACUUAAAAUGAACAAUACAAUAAAUGUAAGUAUUAAAUAUCUAACUGGCAAGUUAGAGCCAUUUUCUAUUUAAUUUUUUAUGAUAUAUUUGUGUUACAUUAUCAGGGUAUGCCUGUGAUAUUUUGAGGAAUGAUGUCAGCUUGCUGUGCCAGCUCUGCCUCUGUUGGAUCAGAGCCACAGUAGGAUGGCCCUCGGAGAGCUAACUCCUUCUAUGUGGCCGUAGGAGAGCUAAUUCCUGUUCUGUGGUUCCUGUCUGGCUCAGAUAAAGCUCAAAUCUGCUGAAAUAUACCAUGGUGACAUAUCAUCCUCUUCACACUGUAGACCUAGCUCUUGUGGGACAGUCAUUACACCUUAUUAAAAGAACUUGCUAAAAAAUUGAAACCACAUCCUUGCAACAGGAGGAAUUAUGAGGAAAACAAUAAUAUGGAAAUCCAAACACCUUCAAAGAAGCGUUAUGCAGUCACAUGUAAUAUACCUGACCAAUGUUUCUUAUAAAUAGUAAAUGUGGUCUCAACAAGCCUAUAGCUGUGUUCAUGAAAAACUUGCUUUCCUGCCUAUAUGCAAUUUGCCUCUUGCUUUCUUACCUUAACUUGAAAGUAGCUUUUUGUCUUCUUUGACAGAGCUACUGCAGUUUGCACAUUCAUCUUUGCAGCACAAGGCACUCUUGCUUGCAGUAGCCUUCUUCACGUUCUGGGUACAAUUGACAGCAAAAACCUCAGCAUCAGUUUCUCAUCAGCCAAAACCAAUCUCAUUCAAAAAUGGUCUUUAAAUUUGCUGGCUUGUUUUGUGAAACAAUCUGGCCAGCUGGCAGUGUAGGUGUUUAAGCGUGAGGACUUCCUGUGGUUUAAGAUUUCACAGGCUCCAGUUGGUGCCCCUAGUUACUUGAGGGUGAUGUGGCAACACUGAGUGGUUGCUGAUGAACAGGUUUGCAGUGAUCAUGCCUCUGUUUUCUGUUUUUGUUUUUUGUUUUUAUCUUUUCCUCAGGGGAAAUCGCUCACAUCAAAGAGGUUAACCAGUCUAGUGCAGUCCUACUAAAAGGAUCACCUUGUAGCAUGGAAGCAGACUCAAAUCAUUAUACAUACUUUGUAGCUCACUGAUUGCCUGACUCAGAGGACAGUAGAACAAGAUGUUGCAUGAGCAAGGACCUGACUUGUUUUCUUUUGUGUAUACUAAGGCAUUACAGACUCCGAGGGACUCUCUAGCCUUUCGAUGCCUCCAUUUCGAAAACUGUCUGCUCACUUCCUCCUUCAUAUCAAGCUGGAUCUGUGUCUUUUUAUUUUCUGCAAGCUCAAGUACAGUGAAAAAAAAGCUUCUGCUAGGCACAGUUUAUUUAAAAAAAUACGUCAAUCAAAAACUGGAAGAAAUGUAAAAAAUGCAUAUAUUAAUAAAUAUACAUAUGGCAUCACAUUUAUUGCACAAUAAAUUAGCACAGAAGGUUUCAUUUCACUGAUGUAUUCACAUUGAGAAAGAAAGCCUGUGUCUUUGUCUGUUGUCUGUAUAUUCUCUGUUAAUGUUUCUUGCAUUUAUUUUUAUACCAUAUUUAAAAAAGAACACCUUUUACUCCAGAUGUAUUAAAGUUGAUCCUUUCUCUGUAAAUUUGUGUAUGUUUAUAUUGUUGUUUUAUCUUUCAUUAAAAGAUGCAGAAUCUC